AUGAAGGUCUCUAUUCUCUCUGCCCUCACUCUCGGCCUCGCCGCCGGUACUCUGGCCGCUCCCACCAAGGUGGAGCGCGACCUCCCCACCGUCACCGGCGUCCUCUCGAGCAUCGGCACCAAGGUCGACGCCCUGGGAUCUGCCAUCCAAGCCUAUAGCGGGGGUGACGUGAGCAAGGUCCAGCAAGCCUCCGACAACCUGGUCAGCGCGAUCAACAGCGGCAACAGCCAGGUCAGCGGCACCUCCGCCCUCAGCGCGACCGACGCCCUCGGUCUUCCGGGCCCCGUCGACGACCUCAAGAAGAAGAUUUCGACCGUGAUCAGCGCGCUGGACGACAAGAAGACCUUGAUUGUCAGCGCGGGCGAGGGCGCACAGACCUACACCGACUUGACGGAUCAGCAGGCGGCCGCCAAGAAGUUAUCCGACACGAUUGUCUCCAAGGUGCCGGAGUCGCUGCAGAGCCUGGCUGGCACCGUGGCCGGCGGCAUCUCGGAUGCGAUUGAGGUCGGCGUGAAGGACUGGUCGGAUCAGGCCUCCAAG